CCCGUAUGUGUAAACUGUUAACAGCCCUUCCCCUUCCCACGUCGUCUUCUUCUUCUCCUCCUCCUCCUGUGCUCCUACUCAAUUAAAUAUAGAAUUAGAAUCAGCUUUUUCUUCUUUUCUGAGUUCUUCUUCCUUGGUUAAUUAGUUCUUCUUCGUCUCCCCUAUUCUGUUCAGUUCUUCACCCGUGAGCUGUGAACCGAGUUUUGCAGCGCUCCCCCUCCUGUUCUUCUUCCCUCCCUCCUCAAUUCUUCUUCUUCUUCGACACUUAAAUUGCUCGAUGUGCUAUAUAUAUCAGCAUUUGGUCAAUUGUUGAAGCGAUUGCCCUUCUAGACUUGCUUGUGGUGGUGUAUAUAUCUCAUCAUGGACCCAUCCAUUAUGAAGAAGCUCCUUGAAGACGAUGAGGAUGAAACCAUGCAUUCAGGGGCCGAUGUGGAGGCCUUCCAGGCCGCUCUGAACAGGGACAUAGAAGGAGAUGUGUCUGUUUCGCAGCCGUCUGAUUCAGACUCCGCGGUUUUGUCUCAAGGAAGCAAUAACACUUCUAGUCAGUCAUUACCGCAGUUCCAUACUGCUAGUCAGGAUGAAAACACAGCUUGUCAAACGCAACAUGACCAAAAAAUUGCACAACAGCGAGAAAUGCAUUCAUAUGAAAUGGAGCUAAAGCAAUAUGGGUCCGUUGCUGAGAAUGUACAACAAAAAAAGGAUGCCUCACAUGAAUUUAAUCAAUUUUCUUUGCCCCAGAAGCAACCCCAAGGUGAUCUUCAACAAGGGCAGGCAGAGCAGAAACCCCUCCAUAAACCUGAAACAGCUGGAAUACCGAUUUCUGGGAAAAUUCCAAUCACAAAACAUGAGCAGGACAUAACACCUACUCCAGAAAGCGAAUCUCAGUACUUAAAGCUUCAGAAGAUGAGUAGUCAACAGGCAAUGAUCCCGGAGCAGCCAAGCAACCCAAUGAAUCGCAGUAAACAAGUACCAUUUGGCCUGUUACUCCCUGUCUUAUUGCCCCAGCUUGAUAAAGACAGAGCCAUGCAACUUACUACUCUAUUUGGUAAACUGAAGAACAAUGAAAUUUCUAAGGAUGCUUUUGUCCGGCACAUUCGAAGUGUUGUUGGGGACCAGAUGCUCAAAUUGGCAGUAAUGAAAGUACAAUCACAGCCUGGUCCUAAACACCAGUUACCACCUCAGGCUUCAGUGCAGCAACAACCUCCUAGGAUGCCAUCUAUUAGUGUAGGUUCUGCACAGUUCACUGAUCCUCGCUCAUUUGCACUUCAUCAGAGAGGCGCCAACUCUCCCACAGACCCAUCACACAUUCCCUCUUCAGCAGUUCAAGUGCAGUCUGAUUCAAGCCAUUCAGUCAUUGAAAACAGUGCUAAAAAACUGCGGGAGGCAGAACGUCAGUCAGACUCUCAUGGAAUGCAAGUAAGUCAAAUGCCUUCUUCUAGUGCGGUAGCUGGCAAUCAAGAAAGGGAGCGCUCCUCAGGCCCUCCACAAAUCCUUAAUAAGCAGCAGCAGCAACAACAGUUGCACUAUCCACAAUCAUCCUUUGCCAUGUAUGGAAGUACUGGUGGUAAUUAUCACCCGUAUUCAGGGACAAGUAUCAAUACCUCCACAUUGCCUCUCAAACAGCAACCUCAUGAUUCGCAACUGAGGCAAAUUCCACAACAUCAAGGCAUGGGUUCAACUCAGUCAGGUGGGGAACCACAGGGUGCGACCAUCACUAAUGUGUCCAAAUUGGAGAGGCAAAAUUCUCUGAACGACGCUAGUAGACUGCAGGGUGGAUCUGUUUCUCACUUUACAAAUAAUUCAAAUUUACAACAGAAUUCAGUUCCUUGGCAGUCCUCAAAUAAGGAGCAGAAUCCCGGUCCUGUGUCAUCAAUGUCUUAUGUAAAACAGGAACCAAUUGAUCAGACUGCUGAGCAGCAGCAGAAGCCCCCAUUAUCUAAUCAACAGGGACUGCCUUCUGUUUCUGCUGCUCAACUUGAGCAGGGGAGUGCGUUACCUGGAAUUUCAACAGAUGAGUCUUUAGAGAAGCAAUCUUCAAGAAUGGGAUUUGCAACAUCUGGCAUGGUGACUUCAUCUUCUACAGGCACAGCGCCCCCAAAUUCUGUUUCUCCUUCCAUAAUGAUGCAAGUUGAUACCAAUGUCUCGUUAGGCCAUCGAAUACCCUCUGGAACUUCUCCUGCUGGGAUUAGUAAUAGAGCACCUCCAAAAAAGCCUUCUAUUGGCCAAAAGAAGCCUCUUGAAGUACCUGGUUCCUCACCACCGCCAUCAAGUAAGAAGCAAAAAUUAUCCGGGAACUUUUUGGAUCAAAGCAUUGAACAACUGAAUGAUGUCACUGCUGUUAGUGGAGUUAAUCUUAGGGAAGAGGAAGAGCAGCUGUUUUCUGGACCCAAGGAGGAUAGUCGAGCUUCAGAAGCAUCUCGAAAGUUUGUGCAAGAAGAAGAAGAAAGGCUGAUUUUGCAGAAGGCUCCCUUGCAGAAGAAAUUGGCAGAAAUUACAGUGGUCAAAUGUGGUUUGAAAAGUAUAAGCAAUGAUGUGGAGCGGUGUUUGUCACUGUGUGUGGAGGAAAGAAUGAGGGGGCUAAUAAAUAAUUUGAUCAGACUGUCAAAGCAGCGGGUUGAUGCUGAGAAACCAAGACACCACACUUUUACCACCUCUGAUGUUCGGCAACAAGUUAUGAAUCUCAACCAGAACGCUAGGGAAGAAUUUGAAAAAAAGCAGGCCGAGGCAGAGAAGCUUCGAAGGCUUAAUGAACCUGAGGUUAACAAUGGAGUUGAUGGUGAUAAAGACAAAGAUGAUGGUCGCUCCAAAUCAUUUAAGCCAAACAAAGAGGAAGAUGACAAAAUGAGGACGACAGCAGCAAAUGUUGCUGCCCGAGCUGCUGUUGGAGGGGAUGACAUGUUGUCGAAAUGGCAACUUAUGGCUGAGCAAGCCCGGCAAAAGCGUGAAGGUGGGAUUGAUGUGGCAUCUGGGUCCCAGCCAGGUAAAGAUGUAAACCGCAAGCCUACAUCAACAGCUGGUAGAAUUAUGAAGGACAAUCAAGAAGCAGAGAAAAGGGGAGGUGGAACUCCAGUUGCUGCAGCUGGGACUUUUAGAAAAUGUGGAAGGAACCAAGUUAUCACGCCUCAAACAAGAGUGGCUCGUAGUAUAUCUGUCAAGGAUGUGAUUGCUGUCCUGGAGAGGGAACCUCAGAUGUCUAGGUCUACUCUGAUAUAUCGCUUGUUUGAAAGAAUCCAAUCAGACACCACUGGUGAAUAAUCUGAAAGUGUUUGUUCAUUGGUUGUAAAUUAUGUGGUUUUUGGUAAGUUUGUUGAACCAUAAGCUUUUAUUAUUGGUAUAGGCAGGUUCACCAUUCCAAGUGCAAAGCUGGUCCAUGUUGGUUCUACAAUUUCUGUCAUGCACCAUUUUAUGAUAUUCAUUUUUGUAAUAAAAACAUUGCAUCUUACCCUGA